UCCUUUCCUUAAAUUUUCGUUGUUUUUAACGUUAUGAAGUUUGGAAAGAGACUCAAGCAACAGAUUCAGGAGUCGCUCCCCGAAUGGAGGGACAAGUACUUGUCGUACAAGGAAUUGAAGCAGCUUAUAGGGUCGAUUUCGGAGGCGCCGACGUUGUCGGAGUACGCUAAGGCGGAGGAUGAGUUUCUGUACUUGUUGAACAAUGAGAUUGACAAGUUCAAUGGCUUCUUCAUGGAAAAAGAAGAGGAUUUUAUUAUCCGCCAUAAGGAGAUACAACAGUGGAUCAAGAGAGUAGUUGAUUUAUGGGGACCAAAUGGUAGUAGGCCUUCAGAAGCGGAUUAUAAGGAGGAGAUGGCAAAAAUCCGAAGAGCUAUUGUUGAUUUUCACGGUGAAAUGGUUCUCCUAAUAAACUACAGCAACAUUAAUUAUACAGGGUUAGCUAAAAUUCUGAAGAAAUAUGACAAGAGGACAGGAGGGCUGUUGCGUUUGCCAUUCAUUCAGAAAGUAUUGGAACAACCCUUUUUCACAACCGAUCUAAUAUCAAAACUUGUGAGGGAAUGUGAAAGCAUAAUUGAUGCAGAGUUCCCAGCAGAGGAAGAAUCUGAAAGAGCAAGAGAAGCCACUAUAGUAGCUGGAGAAGGGAUUUUCAGAAACACUGUUGCAGCUUUACUUACAAUGCAAGAGAUCAGAAACGGUAGCUCCACACAGAGUCCCUUUUCUCUGCCUCCUCUCAACUUGCCAGACUCUGAUCUCAUUCAAUCAAUACAACUCAAUGCUGCUGUGCCUAUUGUUUAGUAUAUAACAAAGAAAAAAAAAACACUGAACUUGUGUCUCUAGAUGACUAUAGCUACAACAGUUUGAUCAGAAAAUAGAUUAGUUAUAAUGGGAUGUAUUACAUUUUGGAUGAACACUGUAGUUAGUCAAAUACAUCA